ACAAAUAACUGUUACAGUUACAUAUACACAUUCUUCAAACGGUUUUCAAGCGAUGUUAAGUACACAUCGUGUAUACAUGGUAUAGUUGUGUUGUAAAUCUCUAAACCGUAAAAUAAAGAGCAGCCAUGUGGAAAUUCUAGUCGGAUGAUCAGAUUUUAAAUGGGAGAAGAAUGCAGCGAUGACACAGAAUCGGUGACUGAAUCAAUACGUCAUGGUAAGGUCAAACCUCCUGACGGCGGAUGGGGUUGGGUGAUUGUAUUUUCUGCUUUCUUGAUCAACGUGAUAACUGACGGAUGCUCCUAUUCGUUUGGAGUAUUGUUUGUAUUUCUUUUGGAUUAUUUUCAAGAAUCUAGGAGUACAACUGCAUGGAUCGGAUCAGUAUUUUGUGCUGUUCCUUUGCUAUGUGGACCAAUUGCCAGUGUCGUUACUAACCGACUUGGUUUUAGAAAAGCGACUAUAAUUGGUGGACUGAUUACUGCCAUAGGCUUCAUAUCAAGUGCCUUUGUCCAUUCCGUAGGUGCUAUGGCGGUGACAUAUGGUUGUAUAGCCGGUUUAGGUAUUUCGAUGCCUUAUUUGAACUCGAUUGUUGUGGUUGCGAUGUUUUUUGAAAAGAAAAGGACGCUAGCUACAGGAAUUUCAGAAUGUGGCGCCGGCAUCGGAACGUUGAUUUUCGCUCCUUUAUAUGAAUAUCUCAUUAUGUCAUAUAGUUGGCGUGGUGCUGUCCUAAUUAUUGGAGCUAUUUCUUUAAAUAUUGUAGUCUGUGGUGCUGUCUUUAAACCUCUUGAAGGUACCCAAGAAUAUAUAGAUGUUCAAGAUUCAGACUGUGUUGAUAAAGUAUUUACUGAACAACAAGAUCAAGCGGAUGAUGAUGGUUUACUUACAAUUAACGGUGGUGUUUUAGUUGCAAAUUCUCUUAAAUCGCCAGACAUUUAUAAGUCAAAUCCUAGUCUCGUUUUGGAAUCUAAUUCAGUGUUAGGGGAGUCUGUUGCCACUUCGCCGUCUAUAGUCAGAGCAGCUGUUAGCUGUCAUGAUCUCCGUGAAACUACAAAGACUCCAUGCAAACGAAUGAACAAACCCCUUAUUGACAUUUCAAUUUUUACAAAUGCACGUUUUGUUAUGUUUACUCUCUCCAGCAUUAUUCUGUAUUUUUGGUAUGAUGUGCCUUACGUAUUUACUGUAGAUCGAGCUAAGAAUUUUGGCAUUACAGAAAAGAGAGCUGCGUAUAUGGUUGCCGUAAUCGGAAUCUCACACACUUUAGGGAACCUGCUUUAUGGUUUCCUUGGUGACAGAAAGCAGAUAAAUCGACGAUAUCUAUAUAGUGGAAGUUUGUUAUUGACAGGUGUAGUUUUAACUAUAGUUCCAUUAUUUACAACGUUUCUUCCUUGCACAAUACUUGCCGGACUAUUUGGACUCUUGUCAGCUUCCGCUGAAGCACUCACUUCCGUAAUAAUUGUGGACAUCUUAGGAAUAGACAAACUUACCGAUGCGUAUGGAGUUGUAAUGUUUCUUCAAGGAGUGUCUAAUUUAGUCGGACCACCAGUAGCGGGAUGGUUAUAUGACACGUCUGGUAGCUAUGACCAAACAUUUUAUUCCGCAGGCAGCUGUAUCGGUAUUUCCGGUAUCAUUGUGCUUCUUACAUCCCUCAUAAAACAGAAGAAAGGACCGCGCCAAAAUGAUUAGAUUUUUACAAGAAUGCAAUCAGUCAAAAUGAGUAAAAAUUCUUGAGAGACAAGAACCAAAGGGAUUGCAGAAAACAGGAAACAACCGAGUUAAAAUAUUUGAAUAAUUCUCGAUAGUACUAUAUAUGCAAAUCAAGCCGCAACAUAUUUUUAAGCUCAAAUCCUUAUCAAUUUAUAAUAUGAUCAGAGUGAGAGAGCUUAAUAUAAUGUCUCCAGUAUUUCUAUUUUUUAUUUAAUGAAUUAUUUUUUUAAUCCUUUAAACAUUACGUUGCAAUUAUAUGACAAAGUUAUGCAAAUUCAGGAAAUUUAUUUUUUAAUGUUUUAAACAUUAUGUUGCAAUUAUAUGACAAAUGUUAUGCAAAUUCAGUAAAAUUUUAUUUUUUCA